AUGCAGGCGCUUGUGCUACUCCUCUGGACUGGAGCCCUCCUCGGGCACGGCAGCUGCCAGAACACCAGCCUGGAGGAGAUGCAGGGCUCCCUGACCCCCGAGGCCACGGGGGUGCCAGUGGAGGAGGAGGACCCCUUCUUCAAGGUCCCUGUGAACAAGCUGGCGGCCGUCGUCUCCAACUUUGGCUACGACUUGUACCGCGUGAGAUCCAGGGAGAGCCCCGCUGCUAAUGUGCUCCUGUCUCCGCUCAGCGUGGCCACGGCGCUCUCUGCCCUUUCGCUGGGAGCGGAGCAGCGGACAGAAUCCAGCAUUCACCGGGCUCUCUACUAUGACCUGAUCAGCAAGCCAGACAUUCACAGUACCUAUAAGGGACUCCUUGCCUCCGUCACCGCCCCAGAGAAGAACCUCAAGAGCGCUUCCCGGAUCGUCUUUGAGAGGAAGCUGCGGAUAAAAGCCAGCUUUGUCGCACCCCUGGAAAAGUCGUAUGGGACCAGGCCCAGAAUCUUGACUGGCAACACUCACUUGGACCUUCAGGAGAUUAACAGCUGGGUGCAGGCCCGGAUGAAAGGGAAAAUCGCUAGGUCCACGAGGGAAAUGCCCAGUGGAAUCAGCAUUCUCCUUCUUGGUGUGGCUUACUUCAAGGGGCAGUGGGUAACAAAGUUUGACUCCAGAAAGACUUCCCUAGAUGAUUUCCACUUGGAUGAGGAGAGGACCGUGAAAGUCCCCAUGAUGUCAGACCCUAAGGCCAUUUUACGCUACGGCUUGGAUUCUGAUCUCAACUGCAAGAUUGCCCAGCUGCCCUUGACCGGGAGCAUGAGUAUCAUUUUCUUCCUGCCUCUGAAAGUGACCCAGAACUUGACCAUUAUAGAAGAGAGCCUCACCUCUGAGUUCAUUCAUGACAUAGACCGAGAACUGAAGACUGUUCAAGCGGUCCUGACCAUCCCCAAGCUGAAGCUGAGUUACGAAGGCGAACUCACAAAGUCCGUGCAGGAGUUGAAGUUGCAGCCCUUGUUUGAUUCACCAGACUUUAGCAAGAUCACGGGCAAACCUAUCAAACUUACUCAAGUGGAACAUCGCACUGGCUUUGAGUGGAAUGAAGAUGGGGCAGGUACCACCCCCAGCCCAGGGCUUCAGCCUGCCCACCUCACCUUCUCCCUGGAUUAUCACCUUAACCAACCUUUCAUCUUUGUACUGAGGGACACAGACACAGGGGCCCUUCUCUUCAUAGGCAAAAUUCUGGACCCCAGGGGCACUUAAUACUCCAAUUUAAUGUUCAAAUACCCCAGAAGAAGACAACGCUAGAGGGAUGGCAGGUUAUAUAUUACAUG